UAUAGUUGUUGUUAUUUUUUUAUCUAAAGUCAUGAAACACGUUUUAGUUUAAAAUGACUGAAUCAGUUUAUCAAAAUAUUUUUGGAUGGACACUUGGUUAUGAAUAUGCUUUCCCGGGAUCUCAAAUUAAAUGUUCUGAAAUCUCAAACUUAUUUUGUCCUGACAUGCUUCGAUGCUUAAGACAUGUAUGUAGAAAGGGAAACAAAAAUAGGGAAACAAGGUAUGUACAGAUUCCAUCUGCAGACAAUGCGGAACAAGACACCGUAAUUCAAAUAGAAAAGGAUGAAAACGAUGACGAAACAAAACAGGAGUUGGAAAGUCUGAAACUUGAAAGAUUAAAGGAUUUAAAACGCAUAGAAACACUUGAAGAAAAGAUUACAGCAUUGGAAAGAGAAAAUGCGAUGCUUAAGAAACAGAAUAAUGAUAUAGAGCAACGGUCGAGUCAGUUAACCAUUGAAAUGUCUAGACUAACGGAUGUAAAAGGAAGUUUUGAGAACGUAAAUGAUGAACAGAAUAACUCGAGACUUACUCAAAGAUUCGAAUCUUUAAAUUCUACAAAAUGGGUAAUGGUAGCAAGGCAAAUGGCCAAAUCAUUCCGAACCAAGACAGAAGUUGAAAUGAUAUCUUUACUUACCGAUCUAAUGAAGACCGGUUACCAGAAAUGUAAAGAAGUGGCCGAUGUACAAGUCUGUAAUUAUCUACAAGUCAACAGUAAAGAAGAUAUUCCAGCAAAUGAAGAUCUUUCAGAUUAUUUACAAUUGAGGAGAAGAUAUGCAGUUAGAACUUUUGUUAAAGACAAUGUGAAGAAGAAUAUCAUAAAACAGCUUGAACAAAAAGAAGUUAUGAAGUUAUGUUCGAAAGAAAAAUACAUAAAUAUCCAAGAAAAAUUACAGAAUUUUCUCGAAGAAUACAUUGAAUGUUGCUGGCUCAUGACAGUGUCCAACCCGACCAUGGUUCUUGACUUUGAUGUUGUUGGUAAACAAUAUACCGAAUGUGCUGACCAUUUUAAAGAGUACUCUUCUAAAAGACCUGUAGAAGAUGUAACAAAAAUUCAAGGUACAAUAUGUGAAGUUGUUUGGCCGUGUGUGCAACUUGAAGAUGAGACGGCAUUUUAUAUGAAAGGCGAAGUUGUUGUUGUGAAAAAGGGCAUAAAAUCAACUGAAGACCUGAUAAAUGUAAGGUCUUAAGUUCCUACACAAAUUUAUAGAGCUAUUUAUAAAAUACUAUUGGAAGACUGUGAUAGCAUUAAGACGUGUGGUUGAAUUAUAACAGCUUUUUUUCAAAAUAUAACAGAUUCACGCAUGUUUUUAGG